CCAGAGCCCCGGGCAGGCUUCAUCUGCUUCCUCCGCCUUAUUCCAGGAGUAAGCAAGCCGGCGCCCACGCCUCACGAGUGGAGUCUGGGCUUCUUACAGCCCUGCCGUUAGUCCCACUGGUGUUCAAACCAGCCAUGGUGACUCAUUCUCUCGGUGUGGAUCCUCAAGGCUGGGGUGCCCCAAUAUGUGGUCUGAACCACUCACUCCCCAGGGAGGAGCUCCAAGCCCAUGCAAUCCCCCUCCUCCUCUGUGUCCCCUCCCAGGGGCACGAGCCCUGACGUGAUCGCUUUUCUUCCCUUCCUUCCCGAGUCCGUUCGCAUCUUUCUCACAGCCUUGGUUGCACAGGAGUCUCUGCCAGUCUCCAGUUUGCUUUCAGUGGGAAUUGCUCCUCAUGUAGCUGUGUUUCUGACGUGUUCAUGCUGGGAGGUGAGCUCCUUGUCCCCCUCCUGUGCCAUCUUGCUCUCCUCCUCCAGGUUUUCAGUUGAAGGUCUGCUGGGUGUUCUGUGAUACUCCCCACUUGGACAGGACUGGCCCUGACUUCUGUCCCUUUACCCCGUGAGGUCACAGAAUGAGCUUUGGUUGGUGUGCCUGACCAAGGUGCAGCAGCUGUAUGCCAGCACUGUUGCCAUGCAGAUAUGUUUUCCCAGUGGAAGCAGGCUAGAUUAUCUGGGCCAGCCGUCUCACUGAAAACAAUGAGAAGUGCUGGGUAAAGUACUUAAAACCAUCAGUUUAGGAACACUGAAGUGCUGACAAGAGAGUGGGGGAAAUUGGAUGACUCAUAUACAGGCCCCUGUAAGAGGGGCCCUGGCUCUCAGCUCAGGGAGGGAGGGGGCCCUGCCCCUCAGAUGCCCCAGUGGGCAGUAACACUGAUCAACAGUCCUUAGUGAAUAGGGACUGAAAAAUCACUCCAAUAAUGACCUAAUAGGUGCAGUUACCCAGGAAGUAAAGUGUUUCCAAACAGGUGUCCAAGAGGAGAAAAGCAGAAAGCUCUGACCCAGCCAGGUUCUGUGGCCAUGCUCACCUGCUCCUGCCUGUGACAGGCCUUGGGCAGGUCACCUAGCCUCUCCCACCUGUAAGGGGGGCCCCAUAAAGCUGCCGUCUCAGUCCUGCAGACUCCUAGAAGGCAGAGGUGGUCAUUUCCCUCCCUAGGUUCCAGCACAAGGCUGGCACACAGCAGAUCUGUGUACAGCUCACGUGCUCCAACCCAGCCCUCAGCAUGUUGGGGGAGCUUGUAGGGCACUCAGCAUGUGCUGAUUGCAUGAGGUUGGGUGGCUGCUGGCCAGGGCCCUUGGAGGAGGGUGUAUCUGUUAGCUAUUGCUGUGUAACAAACAAUCUCAGGUCAGUAACAAAACAACAUUUUAUUGUUUCUGAAGGGUCUGCGGGCUAACCUGGCAGGACUGUUGCUCUGGGCUUGCUCUCUUGCAUCUGUGGUGGGUUCGCUGGGGGGUAGCUGGUCUAGAGUGGGCUCAGCUAGGAUGACCCAUAUGUUCUCUCACCUUCCAGCAGACUAGCCCAUGAGAGAGCAGGCGGAAGCACGCCAUCCUUGAGGCCUAAGUUCAGAACUGGCAUAGCGUCACUCUGUCACCUUUUAUUAACCAAAGCAAAUUACAGGGCAAGCUCAGAUUCAAGGGUGGGGAAGAGGCUCCCCUACUUCACAGGAGUUGCAGCAAAGGGAAUGAUGGUUCAGGGAGGGUUGCAGAAUCAGGGUUGCUUUUGCAAUUGAUCUACAGAGGGGGAGCCCAGCGUCCUUGCCCCACGUGGGCAGAAGGUGGGCGGCUAGGCCUUGGUGCUCAGGGAGCCAGUGACCUGUCUGGGAUGGGCUCUCAGCUGGGCAGUGGGACAACAGUCCAGCCUCAGGACAUGACCAUGAGCUCUUGUGAGCCAGGCCUACUCCUCAGGCAGCUUUGUAGCCAGCGUACAAGGUUUGUUGAAUGGCUGAGCGACUUACGUCCUGGAGCAGGUAGCCCAGAAGAAGUCCUGGAGCCUCUUCUCAGAUGCAGGCCUAGUUCAGGGUGGGGCGGGGGUGGUGUCUCCACUUAUGGGAACACCCGCCCUUGCCUGCCUGGGAGCCCGAGGACGCAGAGACCUCGAGUCUCGUCCCUUCCACGGAGGCCGUCUUCCCUGCACUCCACUGCUCCUGUCAGAGCCAAGAUGUGUCGCCAUGGAAACUGCUUGGCAAACAUGCCGCAGGCAGAGGCGGCAAACAGCAGCUCCGUGCCUGUUGGAGUGAGGGUGGGGGGACGGCGUGAGCAAGGCCGCCUGGCUGUGCGUGUGACUGUGGGGGGGUGAGUGCUCGGGGCAGCGCGUGCUGGGAGGGAGUGGGAGCACGCACGCGUGUGCACGUGUGUGCCGGGGGCAGGUGUGUCCGUGUGGGUGCGCUCGGAGUGCCGUGCAGGCAGGGAUGCUGGCUGUGCGCAGGGACGUGCGUGCUGUGCUGUGACGCGUGGCAGCACAGCCACCUGGGCUGAGCGCUCACUAUGGGCUGGGCGUUGCACUAGGUGCUACCAGGAACACCCACAACCCCCAGCGUGCAGCUGCGGGCCGAAGACAGACACUGGCCAGGUAAUCGUGUCGAUGGAAGCGUGUGACUGGAGGGCUUCUGGGAAGAAGCAACCGUGGGACCUGAAACCUAAGUGUGCAGAGGGAGUCCUCCCUGUGAAGGGGAGGGGGACGGGUGCUUCAGGUGGGGGCCUGGCUGGCUGGCAGAGACCUGGAGGUGCCGACGGGCCGGAGGGCGUCCGAGCCGCUUGCUGCUGCCAAGGAGGUCCGACGCCAGGCGGAGCUGGGCCUCACAGGCCCUCGGCCUCUGGUCCACGUGCCGGGAGCCCACGUGGCCGUCGCACUCGGCCCGAGGGAAGGCCGUGGAUGAGCUGGUGGCCAGGCUCUGGGCGGUGCAUGGGCGGCUGUGGGGCCUCCCCGGCGUGGCCAGGCCCGUCAUGCUGCAGUGCCGGCCGGCCCAGGAGUUCAGCUUCGGCCCCCGGGCCCUGAAGGAUGCGCUGCUGUCCACCGACCCGGCCCUGCGGCAGCUCUACGCGUCCACCUUCUCCCCAGCCGAGCGGCUCUUCCUGGCCGAGGCCUACAACCCCCGGAGGACGUUCUUCCGCACGCUGCUCAUCCGCACGGCUUUCGACUGGCUCCUCAGCCGCCCGGAGGCGCCCGAGGACUUCGAGACCUUCCACGCUGCCCUGGCGCCCCGGAAGCAGAGCCUGGCUCGGAAGCACAUUUACCUGCAGCCCAUAGAUCUGAGUGAGGGGCCGGCGGGUGGCGCGCUCCUGGACCACCUGCGGAGCUGCACAGAGGCCUUCUUCCUGGGCCUGCAGGUCAGGUGCCUGCCAUCGGUGGCGGCUGCGUCCAUCCACUGCUCAUCACGUCCCAGUCAGGACUCUGACAGGCUCCAGCUCCACACAGACGGCAUCCUGUCCUUCCUGAAGAGCAGCAAACCGGGCGAUGCGUUAUGCGUGCUGGGCCUCACGCUGUCCGACCUGUACCCCCGCGAGGCCUGGACCUUCACCUUCGGCACGUUCCUUCCGGGGCACGAAGUGGGCGUCUGCAGCUUUGCGCGGUUCUCGGGGGAAUCCCUGCAGCGGGGGCCCAGCACCCCUGACCUGGUCCCCGAGGCACCCCUGCAGGACAGAGGCCGGACCGUGUGCUUCAGCGCCCUGGGGAUGGUCCAGUGCUGCAAGGUCACGUGCCACGAGCUCUGCCACCUCCUGGGCCUGGGGAACUGCCGCUGGCUCCGCUGCCUCAUGCAGGGCACCCUCAGCCUGGACGAGGCCCUGCGGCGGCCCCCGGACCUCUGCCCCAUCUGCCUUCGGAAGCUGCAGCACAUCCUGGGCUUCAAGCUCGUGGACAGGUACAAGAGACUGUACACCUGGACGCUAGCGGCGGCGGGGACGCGGCCUGGGCCGGCGGCCGGGGAGCCGUCCGUGUCGGAGGACACCCUGCCCUGCAGCGCGGACUCGGGCCUGUGCGGCGAGAGCGACUCGGAGCCUGGCAGCGGCCUGUCGGAGCCCCUGUCCCCGGACGCCUGGAGCCACGCCUUCCCCGCGGGCCCGGAGCUGGAGCCUGAGGACGGGCUGGGCUCCCUGGCGGCCGCGGAGAGCCCGGGGGAGGCCCUGGCGGAGCACGGGCGCUGGCUGGCGGCCUGCAUCCAGGCCCUGGAGAGGGACGUGACUGAGGAGGAGCUGGCGCGGGUGGACGGCGCCGUGGACGCCCUGGCCCGCUGGGACCUGUUCACGGGGCGGCUCCCGGCCCCCCGGCAGGACCCGCCCUGCGGCCGAGACGGCGCGGGGCUGCGCCGAGUCCUGGGCGACAAGUUCUCCUCCCUCAGGCGGAAGCUGAGCGCUCGCAAACCGUCCAGGGCCGAGGCGUCCCCGCGGCGCUGGAAGGCGGAAGACAAUUAGCACGGCUGGUGCGUCUUGUCCAGCGCCUGCCUGUCCCCAGGGCGCUGCGGGCCCGGCUGUGGGCGGAAGGGACGGUGUCUCGGGAAGCGGAAGGCGAUCCGUCUGCACGUGGACCCCGCACCCCCAGCCCUAACCGCAGCCUCACGACGCGGCCGGGUGGGGGGGGCGGGGCCCCAGGUACCCCGAGGGCCGUCCUCGGGCCGCACCCGACCUCACAGAGCAGGUGCCGGGCAGGUGCCUGUCUCUCCUGCGGCCUGGGGCUCGGGGCUCUGCUACGGCGAACUCAGAUUGCAAGGCCCCAACGUGGGUCCUCCGCUCGAAGGAGGGCAAAGGGGGUCUUGUUGCAACCUACAAGGUCCCCCGCCUCCCCCGACCCCAAGCCCAUAGAAAGGGCCCCUUUGUGCGGCGCUAACCGCACUCUGACCCUUGGAACUUGGCGUGGGCAUCUCCCUGAAAGUUCCGGGUGGCCACCACCUACCAGACCACGUGCCCAGAGACGUGCCGCUUCUUCUGACAACUGUUGCGGGAAGGGAGGGUGUCCCGUGUGCAGGUCUGAAGGUGCUGCUGCGUGCUGUGACUUGCAGAGGUGAAAGCAAACCGCGGCUCCAUCCUCAGGACAGUUUUCUGACAAAGGUGGCCUGGACCCCAACACCAGUGAGGGCAAGGAGAUGAGAUUUGUUCAAAACACCUGUGUCUGUGUUUUUUCUGGUCUCGUUUGACCAGUUGCUGAGAGAACAAGUGAUUUAGAUGUUAAAAUACCCAUCACCCCAGUAGAAUUGUCUGUCUGCCUUUAAUUUCGUCAAACUUUGCUUCCGGUUCUUGGAAACUCCUUUAUGUGCAACACACACAUUUGACUGUUAGGUUUUCCUGACCGA